UCAGUGAAGUGAAGUGACGUUCACGUAACUCGUAAUUCAUGCAUCGUAAAAUAUUAUUCGUGUUGAGUUGAGUUGUUGCAUAAAGUGUUAGGUUAACAUUCCGUGGUUAUUUUAUUGGUAGAAUUUAUUGUGUGUAUAAUGUUUUUGUGCCAAGACGUGAGUAAUAAUUUUUAUGUGAAAAUUGUUUGUUCUUUCGUAGCCUAGUUCAGAAGUUAAAACUGAACAUUAGUGACCUUACUUUAGGCACAAGUUUACUGUUAGCCUUUAAAUUAUUUACUGAAUUCCGAGUUUUUUAUUUUGGGAUUUUUAAUGAUGGAAACCACAUAUUUGAACUCAGAAAACAUAUCUUUAAUAGAGAAUUUGACAGGUGAGAAAAUUGUAGGGCUUAAAAGAAAGCUUAGAAUUUCAAACAAUAAAACGGAUGGUGAAUCUAGUAGGGACUCAAACGUAUCCUCUUCAUUUUCAACUUGUAUGCCUGUAGACAGUGAUACUUAUAGUGAUUCAGAUUUUGAAGAGCAUCCAUAUUCUGCAAAAAAGAAGAAAUUAUUACCUAAAACUAAGUCAGUCUCUGGCAAUUCAAAAGUAAAUGUGAAUGAGGAUGAACAAAUAAUAGGUGCAUAUAGUUGCAGAAAGGAGAAGAAAAAAACUAAGUGCAUGUCCAAGAAUGCUUUGAUGGCUAGAAUUAAUAGGCAAAAGAAAAAGAAAUACAUUGAAGACCUAGAGACUAAGAAUGCGGAGCUGGAAGGGGAAAAUCAAAUAUUAAAAGACAUGUUAAAUAAAAGUAUUGAAGAAGCUGCCUCUUUAAAGAGACAAGCCAUCAAUUUACAUAAUGUAAUUCGAAACAGUACUGAAAUUGGUUCUCUACUAAAGUGCAUUCACAAAAAUACUGAUUUACAGAUAUCUUCAUCAUUGAUAAAGGAUAUUUCAAGAAAAUCCCUAAGUGCUAUUGGUUCCAAAUUUAACGAACCAAUGUUCUCAACUCCCACAGACAUUCCUGGAAAUGAGGAAGGUAAACAUCUUUUAAACCCACCCAAUAGUUUAAUUAAAACCUCAGUAAUUUGUCCAGAAACAUAUGUCACAAAUAUUGGCUUAAGUGAUGACUCCACCAAUGAUCUAUAUCUCGGCCAAAGUAAUAUGCUGUUGGACAAUGAAAACGUAAAUAGCUUUGAAUCAGAAACCACCAAAAGAUCAUCUAGACCUCUAUCUUAUUCUCAGCCUGACAUUGCUGUAGAUGAUUUGUUUGAUAAUGUGAUCUUGGACAGUGACUUUAGGUGUAAUACUCCUUCUAGAGGUUAUGAAACACAUGAAAAUGAGGGAAAUUUAUUUGAUGAUACAGCUUUGCUUGCAGCUCUUGUGUGGGGGAUGGUGUUGCACAUUCUGCCAGCCCUACAAGCAGAUGUCGUCAGUAAUGAACGUCUUCAACAUCAAUUAUAAAUGCAGAUGGCCAAGUCUUCCCAGAUAUGACUAAAAAGGUAUGUCUGUGUAGCUUACAAAUUCAUCUCAUGUUUAUUUACUUUUAGAGUGCACAUUAAAAGCCAAUUGAGAUCUCUGCUAACUGUUUUAUAUAGUUUUUAUGUAAGUGUUAUCUAUAUUCAAUCUGAUACAAUCCUUAACUUCAACCCCUAACCUAAAUGGGGAAUUAGAGGAUUAAGUUAAAAUUGUUAAAUGUAAACCCGUGUUGAGUGGAUUUUGUAAAAGAACAAAUGCCGCAACCCAGAGGGCUUCUUUAUUACAGUCCAAAAGGGUGGCAUGUCAGUUUUGAUUUAAAAAUAUACUAAAUAAUCAAUACUUUUUGAUUUGUUAACAAACUAUAUGUUUUAGUAACAAAAUAACAUUAAAUUGAAUAAAAUCAUGGUAAUUUGUGACAACGCAUUAUAAUACAUUCAAAAAUAAUAAUGUUUAGACACAUUCGAAAUAUUAUGCUUGGAAAAAUGUGUGGAAAUACCAUUAAUAAUGAGUGUGAUUAGAGAGCUUAUGUCAAAGAACAGGAUCUGAGUAAUCUGAGGGAGAUUUUUGAGAACUCAUUCUAUAGUUACAAAAAUGCUGCUGUAUUCUAUUAGUAACAGUAAUAAAUUUGACUGAUUGACAGUAAUUGAUAAGGAAAUAUUAAUGUCAUCUUCCUCAGACUGUGACAUGACAUAGGUAGGAACUACCAUCUAAAUUUUCUAGUUCACAUUGCAUCAAAACAUUGUUAACACAGUUAAUAUCUUGAAAUUUUGGUCUUGUUAUGGAGAUCCAACCUACCACGAAACAAAUACAACACAAAUACAAUAUAAACAGAUAUUAAACAGAAACUGAUGUCUCAAGUGUUAAUCAUGUUUCAGCUUAGCAUCUAUUGACUCGAUAUGGCUGGCUCUCCAUAGCUAAGCCAUUUAAACCUAAAAACUAAGAUGUCAGUAAUUUCAGUAUAAAGUAUCAGUUAAUAACAUUCAAAUCUUUUGGUUUUUAAACACUUUAUUAAUGGUUAGAUUUGAUAUGAAAGAAAAAGAUUGCAUAUGAAUGCUGUAUACAAGGUUCAUUAAAUAAGUAACCAGACAAAUUACUACUGCUCAAAAACGGUUUAUUCAACGAGUAUAAAACUUUGGUUACUUUUUAACGUAGUCCCCAGCAACACUUAUUACACUUGUCCCAUAUUUCUGCUAAUUUGUAAAUGCCUUUGGCAUAACAUUAUUUAUCUCGAAGUCACUUCUGCACCUGGUUUUUGACCUCUUCAUUGGAUUGAAAAUGUUUCCCUCUAGACCCUCUUUAAUGGGGUCGAAACAGAUUGAAUUCUGAUAGAGUGAGGUCAGGGCUGUAGGGGGAUGUGAAAGGAUCUACCACCCCAGUUUUUGAAGUUUUUCUUUUGUCAACUGUGCCGUAUGUGGACGGACGUUGUCAGGAAGCAAAAUCACCCCUUCAGUCAAGAGCCUGUGGCUUUUUGUUCAGAUAGCAGGUCUUAUCUUGUUUUUCACCAGGUCACUAUAGUACCGGUGGUUGAUUGUUCUUUGGCGUUCAAGAAAAUUGCAAUAAAUUUACCCCUGAAAAUCCCAGAAUACUUGAAGCAUGACUUUACCGGCAGAUGGCUGGGCACUGAAUUCUUUCCCUUCCUGAGUCUAAUCCUUUCACUCAAGGCUCUUAUCUUUUUGACUCUGGCUCAUAGUGGUGGAUCCAUAUUUCAUCACAUGUUACAAUUCUUUUCAAGAAACCUUCUCUUUCAAAGUCGAAUAUAGAUUUUUCAACCUUAAGAAUCCAGAUUUCUUUGUGAGCGUCCAUAAGUUGUCUGGGCACCCAUCUCGCAAAGAUUUUCUUGUCCUACAGCUUGUUAUGAUUAAAUUUUAUGGACAGUUCCAACACUCGUGUUUAUUUUUACACUUAUCAGUACAACAGUGAUAAACCUAUUGUUCCGAAUUAACGUGUCAAUCCGAGAUUCAAGAGAGGAAGUCCCAACUUCAGCCAGUCUUCCACUGUGUUACUUAUCAGAAACUUGUGUACGGCCACUUUGAAACUGUUAUACCUAUUUGUAAUUGUUCAAUCGGUCCAAUCAAUUGUUGUCAUCUGAUAAACAUUCUUUUGUCGAUUUUACAACCUUGCUCACCUUCCGCAACUAAAAAUCUGAUCACGGCAUGUUGUUUUUGGUGAAAUUCUCGAGUGGACUCACCAUUGUUAGGCUGUCAACUUUAUGUCCUGAAAGUUUCAUAUGAAUUAAUUCAGCUGUUUUUGAGCAGUAGGAAGUUUUGUCUCAUUACUUAUUGAAUGAUCCUCUUAGUUUCUUGAGACUUUACGCGAUGCACAACUAUUGUGUUGUACUAUUCAAGAAUUUUUAUACAUAUUUAAUUGUUUCAUGUGAAUUCUCAAAACACCACAAUGUUAAAUAUAAAUUAUGAAGUUAAUUUUUAUUACGAUACAAGAUAAAGUAUUUUUUGUUUCAAAUUCCUUUAAUUUGUUUUAAAUGCGCUUACAUGUCACAAAAUCUCAACAAUAUGUUUUCAUUUGGCUGCCACAUUAAAAGAGAAAGUGAUGAGUUAACUUUCUCUUCAUCUGAUUGUUUUGAAUGUGUAACACAUUUAAAGUAGUAAGGUAUGUGAUAACAUGAUUUUAAAAUUAAAUUAUUGUUUACUUCUAUUCUUUAAUUAUUCCUCCUAAAUAUACAAAAAUAAUAAAGAUACAAAGUCAAUUAAGAAAAUUAUAAAGAUUUUGCAAAAAUCUCUACAUUUUACUUCAAAUUUGUUAGCAUUAAAAGGUUUAAGCAGUUUUCCUCUAAAUCAAACUUUAAAUAUUCUAAUCAAAUAUAACCAUAUAUUCAAAACGGACCUUCGUUCUGUACCCAACAAUGUCAUAAGUAAAGAUAUUAUUUGCAUGUGUAUAAAAAUAUAUACGUAAACUAAAUUUUAUUUUUUGUCUGUAUUUAUACAUAAACUUGAAUAUAUAAUUCAUUUUUCCUCAUAUUAUUAUCAUAAAUAUAACUAAUUUCAUUAUUCAAAAAAAUGAUUACUAAAACAUAAGGAAUAUGGACGAAAUAUAAAAAUUGUCAUUUAUGUAAAUAUUAUUCCAAUAUAUAACAUUUCAAUCAUUAUCGAUAAUAAUACUAUAAUUAUUAUGAACAUUAAUAUCUAAUUACAGUAAAAUAUUUACGAACAAAAGAAUAAAAAAGAAAUCAAAAGCUAUCACUGUACUAUUGAAUACUAAUUCUUUGUUUUAUUUAUAGUAUAAUAAUUUGUAAUUACGUUUUGUAUGUAUUAUGUAAAAUAUAUGAAUAAAUAAUGUAGUUCGAUGUUUUUAACUGAUAAACUAAUAAUUGUACUUGUUGUAUUAUAUUUAAUACACUUUAGUUGAAUAAAAUAAAGUAAAAUGAAGUAAUACGUAUUACAGUAUCAAAUUUCUCAAAAUACAAUAAAACUAACCUUGUUGUUGUUAUUUCACUUUAAAGUAAAAUAUAGUCACCAGCAAGCGAAUAAGCAAAUAUUGUUCCUCUAAGGUAAAUAUUGGAAUGGAACGUCAUCUGCAGUCAUUAAUACCAAUAAGCUUGGCCAAUAUGUAUAAAAUAUGUAGUGUCUAUGAUGUACACGCUAAAGUAAUAAAAUGGUUAAAAUCUGUGCCUUAAAUACAUUUUUCUACUUUUAAAGUAUUGAAGCCGGUGGUUGUAAAACAUCCUGACAACCUUAAGCAAAAGUAUGAUGUAUGUAUACAAAUAUUUUCCAAUGAGUGUUUCAGAAUAAAUUCCAAAAAUAAAUUAUGUUUUAUACUUAUUCUUCAAAUGAAUUGAUUAUGAAAAUGUAUGGUAUGUAUACACAUAUAGAUAUCAUUUAUUAAAUAAAAUUUGUCUUAAUUAAUUAAAAUAUAGAAAAAAUAUCAAUUUUGAUCCUUUGAUGAGAUUGCUAAUAAUUCAUAGAAAUUUAAUCCUCUAAAACAUUGAAAAUGUGAUUUGAAAUUAACAUGUAUGUCUGUUUCAGAUUAAAAUUACUUUAGUGACUGGGCCCAGCUUUGUGCAGCGUAUACAUUGAACCUGUGUUUUUUUCUUCAUUUACGUGAUAAUAAGGGUGUUACUUUUUCUCUUUUGAUUUUUGUAAAUUGCCAAACCAACAAAAUUAUUUAAAAUAUCCUGAGAUUUCAAUUUUUCAUACUGAUUUAGUUCAGUUUGCACCAAUUAUACUAAAACAUUUAAACUAA